AUGUUUCGUCUUACAGUAGUAAUCCUGAUCCUCUUAAGCAUACACACCGAACAAGCGAUAGGAGGUUCGUUCUUUAUCUAUAACCAGGUGCGUCAUGGAUCCCCAAUGAAAGUCCACUGCAAAUCCAAAAACAACGAUAUGGGGUGGCACGUGAGGAAAUACGGAGGAGUGUACAAAGUCGGAUUUAGCGAUAAUAUAUUUGGUACAACACUAUUUUGGUGCAACAUAUGGCAAGGUCCUCGUCUGGAGCAUUUUCAGGUGAUAGUCGCGUUCGAAAGUAGGCAGUAUCAUGACGAUAACGCUUGGAUAAGAUGGUCAGUGAGGGGAGAUGGCAUUUAUCAAUCUAUCAAUGGUGCAACUCCUUGGAAGUUCAAGUAUAGUUGGGAUAACAAUCUUUCAAAAAUAGGAGGCUCAUGA